AUGGACGACUUUUUAUCGCUAUCUGUUGUUACACCGCCUUGUAGAUUUGCAGAGCUUUUGUAUGACAGGGGCCUAUCUUUGACGACAUCGGGAAAAUUCGUUGAAGCUCUGGGCGUAUUUUCCGAUGCUUUGCAAUACUGCUGUCUUUUCAUCGGUUCGGCCCCCAAUGAUGAUGAAGCUUUGAAAAACAAGUGCCGCGAGUACAUCCUUGGUCUUUCCAUCGAGCUGGCCAGACGUUCUCUCUCUUCAUCAGAAGCUGGUCCUUCCUCCGAUACGGUGGGCAAGUGCAUUGGUUUGUCGUUUUUAUUUACCCAAUGCGGCUUGGAGGCCAUUCAUCUUUUGUUGACCCUUCGAUCUGCGCUCAGCCUGGCCAUUAAAUCGGGAAAUUAUCGAAUGGGCGCCCUGUUUGCUAGGAAACUUGUGCACGAAAAUCAGCAUGCCCCUUCCAAUAUCCAGCUUGCCCAAAAUGUCAUUUCUCAAAUACAAAAGUCGCUCGUUGUUUGUGAGGAACAUGUAAAAAAAUCAGAAACAAGUGGAAACCCGGCAGAUUGCAACCCUCCAAUUCCUAGCUCCAACUACAUGGUAUCCGGCGCCACGCUCAAGUACAUCUGUGCGCGCACUUAUGAGGCCGUUUGGAGCAAUUCCGUGCACGAGGACCCUCUUGUGUGUCCAUUCUGUGCCGCCAAGUAUCACCGAAAUCUUUCUGCUCCUUUUGUUUGCGACAUUUGCCACCUGUGCAAAAUUACAAAAUGA